AUGGGCACAAGAAAAGGAUACCUAAAAUUGGCCCAUCUCUCUCUGCACCGGCGACACCGUCACCCUCGACGGUUCCUCUCGACCAUCAGACUGCUGCUGACCACAUACGUUAUCGAAGACGCUAUCGUGCGGUACAGAACAGCCGAAGUCAACGUGCAAACAUGCAAAGACCGCGCGGUCGACGGCCAAUUUCUCCAUGACGCUUUGCUGGCAGGGUUCGAAAUGCACGUGCAUGUCUCGCCCACCUUUAUGCAGCGCCGAUCCCAUGUCGCCUUAGACGAGCGACCCCAUUUCUGCGAGACAAAGCGCACACGCAGCAACGGAGCGACGGAAAGCGCUUCCAGAGUCGCGGACGAUACCAGAACAGCUUCGUCCGAGCAGGGACCAAGGCGAAGAGCGACGCAAUCUCUGCACGGCGGCGAUCAACGCCCUCUCCGUACAGAGGCGCACAGCGGUGCAUCGCUCGAUGCUUCCCAUCGGGUGCCCGCGUUGUCACGAAGCCGGACCCUGGCAUCGCACAAGCUUUCGCAUGUCGUGCUCGAUCAAGAUGGAUCCGAUGAUGGCCGUGGCUAA